AUGGCCACGGCGCACAGCAGGCUCUUCCUCGUCGAGGCCUUGCUCUUCACGGCGCUGCUGCUCCUCCCGGCGCGCCCUUCCGCCGCAGACGGCAGCACGUACCCGGCCGACUGCCCGUACCCGUGCCUGCCUCCACCAACUGCGCCCGCCGUCACCACCAACUGCCCGCCGCCGCCAGCGCCGUCCUCCUACAACACGCCGCCGUCGUCCUCCUGGAGCUACCCGCCGCCGCCGCCCGGGGGCUACAUUCCAUACUUCCAGCCUCCUCCGGCGGGAGGCGGUGGCGGGGGUGGGGGGUACGGCUACCCGGCGCCGCCACCGCCCAACCCCAUCCUGCCGUGGUACCCCUGGUACUACAAGACGCCGCCGUCGUCCGCGGCGGCCAGGGGGAUCAGUUUUAGUGUUGUUGGCGGCUUGUUGGCCGCCGUGCUAGCUGCUGCUGGUCUGCUGAUCAUGCCUUAG